CCCCACCAAAAAAAAGCUGCCAAGCUCAUUUCAUUUUUAUAUUUUUUGUUUGCAUCUGAUUUAUUUUUAAUUGUUCACUUUAGUAGACGACCCUUGUUCUGACAUUUACAUUUACUCUAAUAAAACUUGUCUUGGUUAACAUUUUCUCCCACACACACGCACACGCAUACAUACAAACAUACGCACAGACAAAUUACCUUUUCGACAUUAAUUUGUUGAGCGCCUCAUACCAUUCCCUUUUACAACAUUUUAACAAACUAGCGGAGCAAAAAUGGCAGAUAACACAGUCACCGAGAGCCCCUCAAAGGAGCUUAUGAGCUUUGCGGGAUAUCUUUACAACCCUUCGAAAUCCGGGCUGCGUGCACGCGAGGGUGUGCUCAAUGGGCGCCGUGUGCAGUUUUUUAAAGGAAAGAGCGCGGUCAACGCGCUGACCAAAGCAGAGGACGGCAAGAAUCCCAAGGUGUCGUCGCAAGAGGAGGCAAUCGAUUGGGUACAGGAGCUGCUCGACUUCCAGCUCAUUGUGCGCUGUGACAGAGUCGGCGAUGGAUCUCGGCAGCUGCGCGUAAACCCAAUGCAGAAUUACGAAGAAGAGGCUUAUUACGCCUGGCUGUACGAGGGGUCGCAGAUGUUUGUCAUUCUUGGCGGAAUCGGUGUUGUAGCCGUCGUCCUGGCUGGAGUCAUGUUCCCGCUGUGGCCGUCGGUGCUGCGGAAUGGCACUUGGUACCUGUCCAUGUUGGCGCUUGGACUCAUUGGCCUGCUGUUUGCCACUGCCAUUGUGCGCCUAAUCGUCUACAUCAUAUCGCUUGUCGCCGCACCGCAGGGCCUGUGGAUAUUCCCCAAUCUUUUUGAGGACGUGGGAUUCUUCGAGAGCUUUGUUCCGUUAUACGGUUGGGAAGUUCCAAAGGAUGCUGUUUUGAGCGGGAAGGCAGGCGGACCGGGCCCAUCUGGAAAUGCUGCAGAUUCAGGACCCGGGGUCGAUCAAAAGAAGAUUGACUAGGUGCCAUGUGCAUGAGCUGAGGUCAAAUACUAUUGCUACUGCAACAUGGGGUUUUGAGUAUUUUAUAUUCUUUUUUGCAAAGAUUUCUAAAUAUCAAUA